UUGGGGAAUUUUUUGGACAAUUAAGACAAGCCAUAAAACUGGGCAUAUUUUACCGCUUUGUAAGUAAAAUACCAAAGGUUGGUGGCGGUGUGGAGCACUGUGAUUCAAACAUUAAAGGCCUUUUUACCUGAUAAUGUAACGCUGAAAGUUUACGGACUUUACGGACAUAACGCCACCAAGUGACACUGUACAGGAAAUUAUCAAAAACAACUGUAAACAAGUAGGAAGAAAAUGAUGAUAACUCUAAUUUUAUAUAAAAAUAUUGUAAUUUCUACGGGCGCCCUCGUUAGCUAUCCAUUAUCUCGUCCUAUUUACACUUUAUCUUUCCUAAACUACGGUUUAUAUGUUUGUAACAAAAGCGAUACUCAUCCCGUGACAUUGUGUGCAUUAAGAGGCCUACCAGUAUAACUGUGUAUUGUAUCUUUCAGGUGUCUCCUGGCGUUCAGUGCUGCACAAGUUAUAAAUCAAGCGUUGUCGUUGUAGAAAGCUAACAACAUCGCUAUGGAGGAGCAAGCUAUUGGGAAAGUAUCCUCACGAAGUAUAAAAAACGACGCAUGCAGUGCCGGAAAACUAUGCAGAACAAUGAUCAGGUCCAUAGCUAUCUUUUUUGCGAUAUCCACGUUAUUUAUUCUUAUAAAACUGUCGGAUGUCUACUCUUUAAAGCAGAUACCUGUGCGUUACCCAAUUCCUGCACCAAAGGUUGUGACAAAGGAAAGCCAAACCACUACGUAUCCUGAUACGAAGGUCACCCGUGGCCCGCCCGGCAAGCCUAAGCUGAUCCUGUCCUGGACCCCGGGGCCCGGGUGGGACUACAUGCACCUCAGAGACUACGCCAAGCCGGUCUUUAAAUCCCUUGGCUGUAAAAUAGACAACUGUAUCUACACUGAGGAUAAGUCUUUGGCUGAUAAAAGCGACGCUAUUGUUUUUAUAGCCAGAAGUUUGGGUAGGAAACCUAAAAAACUGCCUCACCAGCGCUGGGUGUGGGUGACGCACGAGAGCUCGUGUUACUCCGGGGAAGCCGGUGGUGCUUGGGCGGGAAUGUUUAAUUGGACGAUGACAUUUCGGCGAGAUUCCACAAUUUUUACACCGUAUCAGUUUGUUGUGGAGCGGGAAAAACCCCUUGCCAAGAAUUUCACGGCAAUAGCACUGAAGAAGACGAAGUUAGUGGCUUGGAUGGUCAGUAACUGUCACACUAAGAGUAAUCGAGAGGGUACGUCGCAGAGUUGAAGAAGCACAUCCCCGUUGACGUGUACGGUGGGUGUGGUCCGUUAAAAUGUUCCAAACGGGACAACGAAAGAUGCCUGGAGAACAUUAACAGGGACUACAAGUUUUACCUGUCCUUUGAAAAUAGUAUCUCAACUGAUUACGUCACAGAGAAAUUUUGGAAAAUGUUGGAU